AUGACCGCGACCGCUACCGCUACCGCUACCGCUACCUUGACCGCUACCGCUACCGCUACCGCUACCGUUACCACUACCGCUGCCGUUGACGCUCCCUCGACACAAUUUGUCUGGCCUGCAACCUCGAUCAGCAGGUCUUUAAAGGCCAUGGAUCCUUCAUCCGUUCCGCUGGCAGAUUAUUUCUGGAUCGCAGGCAUCGAAUCCAUUUCCUACGAUGAUCAUGUUGUUGGCUUCGGACCCCCCCUUUCACCAACAUUCGACUCAACAAUAGAGGAAGACGGCGAAGCUGGAAACACACCCUCCUCCCCUCCCCCCAGAGCCACUGCCCUCCAUUCCCGCAACAAUUCAUGGAACAGGUUGGGGAGAGGGUCAAGCGAUGUACGGAACUCGAUCCAGAGCCUCGAGGAAACUGGGAAUACGGACAGCAACAGGAGCAGUGUCACAAUCAAAGCGCCGACGCAGCCAGGACUGAACGGCAAUGGCAACAAUCGGGAUAGCGUACUAGGAGACUUCGACUUUGAUAAGGCGCUGAUCAAGUUUGCGCAUGAGAGAGGGGACUUCUUGGAUGAUUUGAGCUUCAGCGCGGGGGCGCCUGUGCACAAACGUCCGCCCAUGACAGUUCCGAGAGCAGAUAGGAUCAGGAAUAGCAUGGCUACGGACACUGAGACAAAUGGGGGAAGCCCGGGACUCGUGAAGAAAAGCCCUCUAAGAAGCGUUGGAGGCAGUAUCCGGAGAAGGAUCAGUUUUAGGGAUAUGAGCAGUGCAAAGAGACAGCCCUCGAUAAUUCAGAGAAGUUCUUCAGUACGGACUUCGAAGCGAUUGAGUAAUUACAACUCGGUCAUUCCACCCCCUGAACCUCUCAAUGCAGAUCCCGAGAUGCACCCCCUGAAGCGCCGAUUCGAGCCGGUCCUGCUUGACAGAUAUCCACCGAAGAGUGCUACAGACGAGCUAGAGCGGAGGGGCAGAUUUCCAGAUUACGUACCAAUGUUCGCAUUCCCAAACGAUAUCAACAUAGUGUCUGCGGACGAGAGACCUCGGUCGACAUGGCAUGGAUUUGCAAUGACUGGCGACGACAAUUCCAAGAUCUAUGGUAUCACUGUCAUUGUAUGGAUGGCACUCAACCCCGAUGCUGCGGAGAACGUCGAGAGAAGAUGUGAGCAAUGGAGACAGAGCCACAUGACGAACGAGGAGCGAGAGUUGGCUGCGAGCCUGGGGGAAAGACUUGCUUCUGAGAGAGCCAACCUAUCGCAGUUACUGGCCCGAUUGCCGAGCGCCGCGUCUGGUUCCCCGGCUAGAGAAGAGUUGGAGGAGGAGAUCAGUGCGGUAGAAGAGAAGAUUAGUCUGAUGACUGAUAUGCUACGACCGGUUAGACACGGUGCCGCUGCCAAGAUUGAUGGAUUGACUGACGGGGAGACGGGACUUUGGAUACCGAGGGCCUACGGCAUCUUGGGCCGGGAUGCUACUUUGACCAGUUUCUGGAAAGAGUGGCUGAGAGCCGUGGUUGUUCCAAUGACUGAUGGGGCCGUUCUCAGAGUUCCACCGAGCUCUCCCAAGGUUGGCCGUUGGCAGCCCUUGGAAAGGUACGUUGUCAACCUGUGCACCGAAGCACUGAGUCCAAUCUCGUCCAAAACCCAGGUCGAGCUUGCAGUGAGGGAGUUACGGAUGUUUGCCCGAAAGGAAGCAGCAAAUGAGCUACCUGAUUCCCGGAAUACCGAUCUCUACGCUCUGUUCAGAUCCCUCAGUAUCCCACACAUUGUGGCGCUUUUUGAAUACGCGCUUUCGGAAUCGAGAAUCAUAUUUCUGUCGUCACACACAGCCAUGUUGCAUCUUGCAAGUAAGGCGUUGGCGAGUCUGCUUUACCCGAUGAAGUGGGCAAGCAUUUUCAUACCUGUUCUGCCAGCCAGGUUGAUCUCUGCUCUGGAAGCCCCGUGCCCCUACAUAGUAGGCAUUGAGCGACGAUAUGAGAACAUCGAAUUACCGGAGGAUGACUUCGUCCUGGUCGAUCUGGAUGAGGAUAUCAUCGAAGCAUCAGGGCAGCCCACCCCUCUACCUAAACAGCAACGCCGAAAGUUGAUUUCGCUACUCCAGCUUGCAGCUCCCCACCACAACAGAUGCGGUGUACCGACUGGGCCUCCACCUUACGCUAUCGAGACGUUCCCAUACGAUGCCUUUUCUUCCGAGAACGAGGCGAUCUACACCCAAUAUGCCGCGCCGAGUUGUCUCGGCAAGUACGUCAGUCAGAGCUCGGCAAUAUUUGGGGAACCCGAACCAGGUGCUACCAGGAGGACCUCGGUAUUCAACGCAUUUUUGCAAUCGAAGAACGAUCAUAGCAGAGUCGAAAGACCUACAACAAGCCGAUCAAACAAGACGAGUCCUGCAAAUUCCGUGUCACCGGUUUCCCAAAAUUUUCCGCCUCUGCCUACAACUCCAGUUUCCCGAAACGACUCGGGAUUUGCUCUGACGGCUACAUUGAGAGAGAAGAGGUCAGGGCAUUUCGAUGCGAUUUCGAGACGAAGCUCGUCCUUUGGAGUCGACCGACAGCCAACACUUCGGAGACCAAGUGUCCCGUUUAGCAGUGGACACUCGUCAAGUCUUUCUACCUCGGCCUUGUCGCUGGGAGAUGCAAAGUCAAGUUACGGAUAUGCACCAUCCACGUAUGCGGCUUCAACGCUGGCGGCGUCUACAAUCAUGCCCAACAUGCUGAUGCAGCCGGUUCGAAACACGGAUUCUACAGUCUGGGUAGAGGGUCAUUACCUUGUAUGGCAACGAAACGACACCUCUUCAGUUUGUGACAUAUGUGAAGACAAACCAGACGGCGAUGGUAUCUACAAAUGCAGUAGCUGUAGCACAACAUCUCACGGCCGCUGCCUAGGUCAUGUAUCUUUGGUCUGCCCCUCGGCAUUUAAUCCUGAUCGUGUCCGUGCUGCAUUCGUUAGAUGCUUUUCUAGCUUGUUCUACACAUACAGAAAAUACUUGAACCGACCGACAAAGGAACAAAAGAGCCGCGGGCAGAUAUAUGGUUUCGACAUGGAUGGAUUCCUGAGGAGCUUACCACAUGAACAGCAGGAGUACAUAGCUAUGCUGAAGCAGACGCAAGGAUUCAAUGAAUUUAUCCACGAGCGCGAAACCACAGCCGCAAGCUCCCCUAGCAUCCAACUCUUCGAUAGCAUCAUUAUGGCGAAAAAAUCUCGAGGUCGCACAACUUUCUUCUCGAAGGGCUCAAAGUCGGAAUCAUUCCUCGAUGACACUUCCGACCAUCUCUGGAGAAGUGCCGCUGUGCCAACACCCAGCGCGAAGUUCCCUGGUGACUAUAAGACUGUGGUAUCUCGCAUCCCGGCACAGCUAGACGUGGCAUUGAUGCGUGAGCCAAGAGUCAUCCAAGGAGUGCCGAGAAUGGACAUGCCCGGUAAAAGAGUCGGACGGAAGGCUGUACCAAGUCUCCUGGGAAGUAGCGGGGGAGUACGAUUGGAACUAUGA